AUGAAUAGUAAUGAACUAGAUCUAAGAAGUAAAUAUUUUUAUGAAAUAUUCGGUAAGAAAAGAAAAGCAGACACAUCCACCUCUGUUCAGCCGUCCUUUAUUGAAAUUAAACCAACUAUAGAUGAUAUUUCGAUCGACAACGGUGAAAAUGAAAUUAACAGUGGAGGAAAAAAUGGAAUCAUAUUCAAUAACAAAUUAGGACAUGACGCCAGUGCACAGUUUAGGAUAGUAGCGAACUCUUCUGCUAAACAACAGAAGGCCUCUCCUGGUUUACGUGUUUCAACUUAUUUCAAUUCAAAUCAUCGGUUCUUCGCAGAUGGUAUGGUCCACCCCACUAAUAAAGAAAAGUCAAUAAUUGAGCUGAAUGAACAAGAUAAAUUACAUACGAACAAUUUAACUUCGUCAUCAUCUCAAAAGAGGUCGAGUGCUUUACCUUCUUACACAAGAAAGCAUUCGUCUCCCUCGUUAUUACCGUCCCUCAAAAACGGUAGUAGUCACGUAGAAGACCGUGAGCAGUUGUCGACACCUUCAACUCCCAAGAGUGCAGAUCACAUAAUGGAAUUACACAAAUCUUUUCACGGAAAACCCAACUCUUCUAGCACUUCUUUAUUUGCAGUAGAGUUAAAGAGAAACCAAAAUAGACGCUCAUCAAACUCUUCCAAUAAUUCUAAUCAAUAUCGACGUCUUUUUAACCACCAUCGCCAUCAUUCAAGAUCUAAAUCAAGUCCUGUCUCUUUAUCAGAAAUAUGCAUGUCUACCGGGACCCCUUUGGUUUAUCCUGCACUUCUAUCACUAAUAGCAAUCAAGUUCAAAGAAACUAUCCAAUUGAGCACUUAUAAAAAGAUGGGAUUACUUUAUAGGGAUUCAUUUACAGGGAAACAAGCGAUCGAUACUUUAUGCUUGAUUAUAGGAAGCUUAGAUCGUAAUUUGGGGUUUUUGGUUGGAAAGGCACUGGAAGCUCAAAAAUUGUUCCAUGACGUCCUUUAUGACCAUGGAAUAAGAGAUUCCAUAGUGGAGGUAUAUGAAUUUUCUUCAGAAUCAAUUUUCAUGGCUCAUCCGUUACACAGUUCUACUUCAAUUUCUGACACAUUUUCUUCUUCUUCUUCUUCUUCUUCACUUAACUCAAUCGGUGCCAAAACUGAAAUAAAUGGCGUUUUUGUACCACUAUCGCAUUGCUUUUCCCCUACAUGUUCUUUGGAAAAGCUUUGCUACUCUAUCUCAUGUCCAAAUCGUUUGCAACAACAAGCUAAUCUACAUUUAAAAUUGGGUGGUGGUCUGAGGAGAAACAUUUCUUUGGCACUUGAUAGGGAGGAUGAUGAAAAGAUUUCUUGGACGCAUUCUGUACCAAAGAGUGUGUGGGAACCUCUAUCUAAAGAGCAAAUCAAACGGCAGGAAGCAAUUUAUGAAUUGUUUACCACAGAAAAGAAGUUUGUUAAAUCUUUGGAAAUUAUCCGAGAUACUUUCAUGAAGAAAUUAUUAGAAACGAAUAUCAUUCCAUCAGAUGUAAGGAUUAAUUUUGUAAAACACGUUUUUGCACAUAUCAAUGAAAUUUACGCGGUUAAUAGAGAGUUUUUGAAAGCUUUAGCACAAAGACAGGCAUUGAGCCCAAUUUGUCCUGGAAUUGCAGAUAUUUUUUUGCAAUAUCUUCCUUUUUUUGAUCCUUUUCUAUCUUACAUAGCUUCGAGACCGUAUGCCAAAUAUUUAAUUGAAACUCAAAGGUCCAUCAACCCGAAUUUUGCACGUUUUGAUGAUGAGGUUUCUAAUUCUUCUUUGAGACAUGGAAUCGAUUCGUUCUUAUCUCAGGGUGUUUCAAGGCCCGGUAGGUAUUCACUGUUAGUCAGAGAGAUAAUACACUUUUCAGAUUCAUUGACAGACAAAGAUGAUUUGCAAAUACUAACGAAAGUCCAGGAUCUAUUAAAGGAUUUAAUGAAAAGGAUUGAUAGAGCAAGUGGUGCAGCACAAGACCGUUAUGAUGUUAAGGCGUUAAAGCAAAAGAUUUUAUUUAAGAACGAAUAUGUUAAUCUAGGGUUGAAUAAUGAAAAAAGAAAAAUUAAGCACGAGGGUUUACUUUCAAGAAAAGAUAUGAAUAAAAUAGAUGCAUCUUUUUCAGGAGACAUUCAGUUUUAUCUACUCGAUAACAUGUUAUUGUUUUUAAAAUCAAAAGCAGUAAACAAGUGGCACCAGCGCACUGUAUUUCAAAGACCUAUUCCAUUACCAUUAUUGUUUUUUUGUCCCGCUGAGGAUAUACCGCCAAUAAAAAGAUACGUGACAGAAAAUCCGAAUUGUUCAGCAGGUAUGCUUUUGCCCCAAUAUCAAACAACCAAUCCUAAGAAUGCUAUUACGUUUUCCCAUUACGGCAUUAAACAACAAUACCAAGUUACUCUAUACGCCCCGCAGUUGGCGGGAUUGCAAACAUUAGUAGAGAAGAUUAAACAAGAGCAAAAGAGGUUUCUUAACGAAACUAAACAGAUCACUUUUAAGCAGAUGACAGGCCAAUAUUUUCAUUCAUACUUAAAUGGUAAUCAUGUCAACGAUGCUUUGAUUUGUUUCGCAGGUAAGGUCUUAUUAGUUGCAACACGUCUCGGACUUUAUAUAGUUAAUUUUUGCACAUCAGUCAAUCAAAGACCAGUUCAUCUUCUGCACAAUCUCUCAAUUUCACAGAUCUCUGUAUUGGAAGAGUAUAAAGUUAUGAUCCUUUUAAUUGAUAAAAAACUGUAUGGUUGUCCUUUGGACAUAUUAGAUGACAUUGUGAAUGCGGAUUCCAUUUUUAAAAAAAAAUCUAAAGUUUUAUUAAAGUACGUUUCAAUGUUCAAAGAUGGUAUUUUUAAUGGCAAAAGAAUCAUUAUAAUUGCACAUCUUUUUUUGCAUGCGGUAAAAUUAUUGAUUGCCAAUUCUUUGGUAUUCGAUUUUAACAGUAGUGAUUUUAGAAAAAAUCUGAAGGCAUCCUUGGCGGAGUUUAGUGUCGAUUCUGAACCUUUGUCCUUUUCAUUUUUGGAGAAUAAAAUUUGCAUUUGUUGUAAAAAAAGCAUCAAGAUAUUAGACAUUCCAGAAACAUGCGAUAAAAAGGAUUUCAAAAUGAGAGAACUAUUAAAUCCUCAUAACGACAAAGUUUUGUUGAAUCUUUGUAAAGAGACAUUCAAAGUUUUCUCUAUAUUUCCAGUGAAGAGUCUACAUUUUAUUUGUUUUCCAGAAGUUGGCUUUUUUUUGAAUAAGCAAGGAAAGAGGGAAGAAGAAAAGGGUAUUGUUCAUUGGGAAGGCGAAGCUGAACAGUUUGUAUGCUCCUACCCUUACAUUGUGGCAUUUAAUAGUAACUUUAUUGAAAUAAAAGACAUAGAUAAUGGAGAACUUGCUCGCUGUGUGCUUGGAAAUAAGAUACAUAUGCUGAAAGCAGAUACAAAGAGGAUUUUGUAUAGUUAUGAGGAUUCUCAAGGAUUUGAAAUAAUUGAAUCGCUGGAUUUUUGA